CACAUUUCACCAGCGAAUUAAGACAAGCGGAGUCAGACUAUUGAUUGCACCGAUGACCGACCCUUCCUAUGUCCAAAGUGUUACCCUUAGCCAAAAAACCCAGCUAAAGGAAUUUGUGCUCCAUUUGUACCUUUACCAGAAUAGAGAAGCACAGCCAAAGGGUAACCAAUUCCCGAUAGUAGGAUCAACUAGCCCUCAUGCUUUCGGUGCCACCGUUGUUAACGACUGGACCAUACAUGAUGGUCCUAGCCCCGACGCAAUCAUCGUUGCGCGUGUGCAAGGCCUGCAUCUACAGGCAGGCAUGACUGCAAGCAACUGGUUCAUUUGCCAGAACAUAGUGUUCACAGAUGACAGGCUCAGCGGAUCCACCCUUAAGGUUAUGGGAAACAUACAAGCAGGAGAAGGUGAAUGGGCAAUUAUCGGUGGUACCGGAGAGUUUGCCUAUGCACAAGGUGUUGCCUCCUACAAACAAAUGACUAGCACCCCCGGGGGGGAGGUCACGAGGGAGCUUCAGAUCCGUGCCCUGUGCAUCACCUUGCUGAAACCGCCGGUCCCUGCCGUACCUACCUCUACAAUGCCAAACCCAGCGGAGGUGCUUGCCCCGGCGUCGUCUGCUCCCGUGCCGCCGGCCCGUGCGGUGGUGGUGUCUACUCCUGAUGCUGUGCCAAUGAUGUACAGGAAAUAUGGACCAUGGGGUUCCGAAAAGGGAAAGUAUUUUAACAUGAAAACCUGUGAUAGGAUCACAAAAGUGUCUGUUAUAUACACUAGUUUCAUUCAUACAGUUCAGUUCUCAUAUAUUGACCGGGGUAUCAACAAAUCGGCUCAGUUGGGUGGACAGGCUCUCCCGGGUAGCGUGGUUAAAGAGAUGUCUCUAGAAGAUGGAGAGUAUCUGAGAACUUUUUCAGGAUCAACUGAACUCAUUGAUGGACACGCUCGAAUAACAUCACUCUCAUUUGGCACCAACUUGCGGAGCUAUGGACGUUUUGGAGUAGAAGGGAGGCACUCCAAUUUCAGCAUCACUGCGUCCAACACUAAUGAAAGUAUUGCUUACUUCUUCGGAUGGCAUGAAAGUAUCACAGGAAUAAACGAAAUAAAUUAUGUCAAUUCAGUUGGAGUUUAUCUGCUUGGUCCUUCUAGUUAACGUGGUACUUCGGAUCAAGCUUCGGCGGCUGCGCUACCCCCCUUCAGUUGUCGAAACAGCAUAUGAGGACGUUAAGUUGUGUUAAUAAUUCUCCAUUUUAUGCCUGCAGUUUUAUUUGUAAGAGCAAUUUAUAAAUAUCUUGUUACAUUUAAAUCCAUAUACUUUAACCGGCUGGUGUUGCGAGUGUUAUUAA